UUGUUCUUCUCAUGGGUUCUGAACGGUAUUGUUCAUGCACUGGUGAUAUUCUACAUUGGCUAUCAUACAUUCAAAUCUGAUGUGUUCUGGUCUCACGGACGGGUUGGUAAUCUACGAUGUUUUGGAACCGCAGUGAAUAUCAUGUCAUUGGUGGCAUUCGGUGGUUCGUUGGUGAUGCUGUCGACGUUCAUGUUCUCGUAUUGCCUAACCUCACCGGCCAGUCCAGUGGUUCGAGUCGACGCAGAAAUGGCCGAUAUCAUAUUGGAUAUACUCUAUUCGCCACAGAUUAUCCUCUUUAUAAUCAUAGCCACGUUUGUCGCGAUAUCUAUUGAUAUCCUAUUCAAUGCUAUUCAACGAUUACUAUACAACAGUUUGCAUGAUGAAGCGUUAUCGAAACAACUCAUUAUGGGCAAAAAAAUCGACGCUCUAUCAGAAUCAUUCACUAAAGUGCGUCAAUUCAUGAUGCGAACAUCAGAAUCUGCGUUGAAUCUUGUGAAUCACCCAUUCAAAACACGUGAGCUUAACUCUUUCUUCGAUGAAGGAGCCAUAGUGCCACAGAGUGAUAUUGUUCGUAUAUAUGAUUCACGAAUGCCGAAACAAGCCGGCAGUUCAAUUCGUAGUGAACGAUCGUUCAGGUACUCGGAUCGACUGUUAACGGUUGAUACAUCAUCGUUACAGAUGGAGAAGCAUUUUUCCAACGAUGACGACGUUUCGGAGUGGAACAAUCUCUCGAAAACNUUCGAAUUCAAGUUGUUGGCGACAAAUUAG